AUGAAGAAGACAGUUCUGAUUACCGGAUGCAGCGCUGGUGGCCUUGGCUAUGCUUUGGCUGAAGAGUUUCACAAACUUGGCUAUCACGUCAUCGCCACAGCCCGAGACACGACAAAGAUUGGCCCCCUGGCAAACAAACACGACGUCGACGUCUUCCCUCUCGACGUCACAUUGCCUGAAUCCAUCUCGGAUUUACAUGCUAAGAUGCAAGCCAAGGGAAUCAGACUAGAUAUUCUUGUCAAUAAUGCUGGUUGCGCCACUUUCAACCCCUUAGUGCACGCGGAUAUCGGUAAUGCCAAAGCUUUUUCGAAAGCCGCCAUGACUUUUAUCUCCGAGACGCUCAAGAUUGAGCUCGAACCUCUGGGAGUCCGUGUAGUGACAGCCAUGGUUGGUGCUAUCAAUACCGAAAUAUACGAUGGCUGCGAUGUCGCACUACCAAAUGACUCGUGGUAUAAACCGAUCGAGAGCAUAAUUCAAAGGCAAGCAAGGGGAGAAAUGCAACUGCCCAACAACGAGGCAGUAGAAGUCACAGCAGCGUCUAUCAAACAGAGGCUUAUCUGCACUUCGAAAGGCACAUAG